AUGAAACAGGAACACUCACCAUCACCAACCCCUGAAAGAGCUGUGUAUGGUUUUGUGCUUUACCUGGCAUCUUUUGUUGGGUUUGGACUGUACAUUGUGUGGGCCUAUGUUCCAGAGUCUUGGUUACAUUCUGUUGGUUUAACGUACUGGCCGCAAAAGUAUUGGGCGGUUGCUUUGCCUGUUUACUUCUGUGUAGUCAUUGUUUUGGGUUUCAUGGUAUAUGCAGGAAUUGUCCUGUUAAAUAUGCCAUCCCUUUCAGAUGCCAGGAUAAUAACAGAUCACUAUGCUGUAUAUGAAGGGCCAGCCACCUCUGAUCCUAAUGCUAUACCACCACUGAGGGACUUACAUAUAUCUAGUGUCAACAGAAUGCUUUAUUUGAAUGAUGCUCACACAUCCUGA